AUUGGAGAGGUCAAGAUUCACCGCCGAGUAUUGUGGUAUUCCAAAAUACCUCUUGACAUCGCGUUGAGCCAAUUCCUCAAUGGAGCAGAAUGUGGUUAUACAAGGCUCCGUUUUCGAUCUUCCUUUCCUUAGUGCCGGCGCCUCUAGUUGGGUCUUCAAAGUCUCGGAAUCCAUCGUCAUAAAAGCCCCUCACGGUUUAGACGAAGAUCGCCAAAGUCUCGCUAUUGAGCACGACAUCUAUCGGCGCCUGGGAGUUAAUCCAAGCAUUCCAAAACUACCCGCUGUUCAUAAAGGCAUGUUGGUUCUGGAGCGCCUUCAAACUCCGCUCCGCGAUCGGCUUUUGAAACUACAUCAAGCAGGAUGUCCACCUUCACCCGGGCAGAGUUUGCAGUGGGCGAGUCAAAUCACGCAAGGUCUCCAAUAUAUCCACCAGUGUGGCGUUCUACAAGUCGACAUUGGUUUGCACAACGUAUUACUCGAUUCCAACGACAAUACCAAAAUUUGCGACUUCGCCGGAUCGUCGAUUGACGGAUCACCGCCAAAUAUCUGCCCAAGUCACCGCGCCGAGCACCCAAGUCUACCAGCGGAAAACCCGUCUCUCGUAUCUGAACACUUUGCCCUCGGAUCCCUUCUAUAUGAACUUGAGACAGGCCAGCAGCCAUAUCAUGAGAAGGACGAGGAGGAAAUUGAAAGAUUGUUUGAGCAAGACCACUUCCCGAAUACUGAUAACUUGAUGCUGGGAAAUGCCAUCAUGAAAUGCUGGAAAAGAGGAUACACUGACGACGAACAAAUCAUAGUAGAUCUGGGUCUUAUCAGAGAGUGCUUGGAGCAUGACGUGAAUAUGGGACAUGGGUGAACGUCUACUCCUCCCUACAUGCCCUCGAUGUAUACCAUUCAGUGUUGUCUUAGUCAGCAUCGAAGCCUCCCAAGCAACCUCGUGCUACAGACCGGCAGACUUGCGACGACAUCAACCCGGUCCGCCUGAACGCGACCAUGCAUCUCGCCCAGCAUCAGCACCAGCAGUACCUGAGAUGCAGGGCAAGGCCCUUCUCAACGGCUUUCGACCCGCUCCGACUUGAGCCAAACCGACCAUCUCACCAUCUAGGGUGAAUGCAAGGGUGGACCCCGCCAGGCGAACGCACAGGUGAAUCUACGCCCUGGAGGUAAGAGCCAUCAUCUU